UUCCACCACGGGAAAGUGAUGGAGAUGAGGAUGAAAUGGCUUCACCACUGCCUACUUUCACCCAGCCCACACCUGCCACACCAUCACAUUCCUCAACUUCUAGAAAGAGAUCUGCACCAGUAUUGGCCACUCAGCCUGCAUCCAAAAAGCCUACCAAAGAAGGCUGAAAGGGGAGAUCUGCGGUGGAUAAGGGAAGGCAAACUCCUGUUCAUAAAGUGGAUGGACAGCCGUGAAGUGACCAUGUGCUCCACAGUGCACGAGGCCUUCAGCGGUCAGACGGUCCAGCGGAAAGUGAAACAGGCUGGUGUGUGGCAGACUAAGACUGUUCCCGUUCCUGACGCUGUGUUGGACUACAACCGAAGCAUGGGUGGCGUGGAUGUGUCUGAUGCUUUGAUCGGGUACUACAGCGUUCUCCACAAAACUAUGAAAUGCAUCAGAGUGAUCUCCAGCCUGGUCCUCAUCAACACUCUCACCUGCACGUUAAGACCGAACAUUACAAGCUUCUGA